AUGUAUUUUCAGUCGUGUCGCAUUCCGAAGUUAAAUAUUAAUGGUAGUGAAGUUACUGGGUUUUUUCAUCAUGUGGAUGCGCUUGACUGUGGUAAAAAUAAAGAGAAAGAGUGGGCUUAUGUUGACGAGAAGGGAUUGUUCACUAUAUCAUCUGAUGCUAUCAAACUUCAUGGUGACAUCAAAUGUACUGUUGCCUAUUUUGAACGCUUUAAUGACAAUAAAUUGAAAAUCGACCGUCAAAUUCCAAUUACAUCUGGUAGUCCUAUGAUCAAAGAUUACGCUGUUGUAGAAUGCACUGGAGAUGAUCAAGAAAAGUG